UGGCGCCAGUCAUUCUUGUAUUGAAAAUCAACAAGGACAAUCAUGGACAAAAAAGAAUGAUGGAACUUGUUCAGAAUGUCCAUUGAAUUGUCUAAAAUGCUACUUUAAAGACAAUCAAGCAUCAACCCCUAUGUGUUAUCCUUCAAAAUGUGCUGACAAUUAUGGAUAUGACGAUACAAGUGGAAAUUGUUUUCCAUGUCCUGAUGGCUGCAGAUUAUGUAAAAAAAGAUCUGGUGAAAACAUAUGUUUAAAGUGUCUUGAUGGCUAUGGAGAAAGUUUAAAUCCAAAUGGGCAAAUUGAAAGUUGUAUAUCUUGUAGCUCAUUGGACAAUUGUGAAAAAUGUAUAAUGAUUGAUAAUGGCUUGAAAUGUUUGGAUUCUCAGUGUGUAAAUGGUAAAAAAUUUACUCUUCCAAACAAAGAUUGUUCAGAGGAUUUACCUACUCCAACAUCAACUCCAAGUUCUACACCUUCAACAACUACAGAAGGAGCAACUUCUUCUCCAGUCACACAUCCUAACAGCGUAACACUUACAUCACAAUCAACUCCAGAAUCUGUAACUACUUCUAAAGCUGCAUCGGCUGUAUCAACUGUCUCAACCAUAACAAGUGAAUCAACUCCAUCAGAUGCAUCAACUGCUUCAGAUGAAUCAACUGCGUUAAAUGAAUCUACUGAAAAUAUUGCAUCAACAACGUCAACAGAAUCUACAGAAAAUAUUGCAUCAACAGCAUCAACUGAAACAACUCUACCACCAUUUGAAACAACAUUUCCUAUCAUUCAUUUCGAUAAAAAGAGAUCUGUACAAAAAAGGAGUUUACCAACUCAAACAUGCACUACAGCAAACUUUCAAAACUGUAAAUCUGACAGUUUAAAUGUAAAUGCAGAUCAAUCAUGUGGCUGCAGCAGAUGUGUAGAUAAUUUUAUUUUAUCCAAUGAUCAAAGUCAAUGUCUUGACUGUAAUUCAUUCACUUCUGGGUGCAAAGUAUGCACUGAAAGUAAUUCCUCACCCAAUUCUAUUCAAUCUUGCUCAAAAUGUCAAGAUAACUAUGGUUUGAUUUCAACUGGAACUGGAACUUGUACUCCAUGUGAAGCAAAUUGUUUAGAAUGUACUGUCAAUUUAAGUGGCUCACCAACCACAACAUGUACAAACUGUAAUUCUGGUUAUGUUCUUAAUUCAUCAAAGAAAUGUAUCAGAUGUCCAACAUCUCCACUUCCUUGUUCUGAAUGUAGAAUUGAUCCAGUAAAUGAUGAAAGCUCUAUUUGCUUACAAUUUGGUUGUUCAAAUGGAGGUUCUUUCAGUGAUAAAGAUUUCAGUUGCCAACAGUGUUCAAUAAGCAAUUGCAAAUUAUGUACUAAAGAUACUUCUGAUAAUGAUAAAUGUCUAUUAUGCAAUGAUAGAUACUUUUUAGAUAGUGGUGGAAGCUGUGUUCCUUGUAUAUCAAACUGUAAUAUGUGUACAGAUGCAACUAGUUGUUUGGGAGAUGGCUGCAAUGAAGGCUUUAUCAAGCACAGAACAGAUGGAACAUGUACUUCAUGUGGAGAAAGAGGAAUAGCAUUUUGUGAAUAUGAAAGCUUUACUUCUAAUAAUAUUCUACCAAAGAUUUGUAAACAAGGAUUUUUCCUAAACACAUCUCCAACACCAAAUACAUGUGAAGAGUGUGAUGAAAAUUGCAUGGAAUGUUCAACAGCUGGACAACAUAAAUGUGAUGUUGGAAAGUGCAAGGUUGGAUUCUUCUAUAAUUCUGAUGAUCAGAAAUGCUACAAAAAUAAGGCUGGAUGUGAAAUCUCUAUUCGAUCUGGCACUCAAACAAUAUGCCAAUCUUGUAAUACAGCAAAUAGUACCCUUUCAAAUGGAAAUUGUAAGUUGUGUCCAACUGGUUGCAAUGGAUGCAGUAUUGAUUCAACAAGCAAUCAAUUAUCCUGUUCAUCUUGUAAAAGUGGAUAUUACAAAUCAAAUAAUAAUUUAUGUGUGCCUUGUCCAAUUGGAUGCAAAACUUGCUUAUUAGAUGGAGUAGAGCUCAAAUGUACAAGUUGUCAAACAUCUUUUGGUCUUAAAGGAGGAUUGUGUGAAUCUUGUGAUACUUCUGAAUGUGAAAGUUGUCUAUUUGAUGACAAUUCUAUGAUUUGUGAAAAGUGUGCUGACAAGUUUUAUGUGAACAGCAACAAUUGUGGAAAGUGUCCAUUAUACUGUAGUGAAUGCUCAUAUAAUAAGAGAUAUGAAUGUUCAAAGUGUUAUGAUGGCUAUGCAAAAACUUCAGAUGGCCAAUGUAUAGUUUGUCCAUCCAAUUGUAAAAAAUGUAUUGCUAACUCUCAACGAAAUUCAAUCUGUACAGAAUGCAAUUCAAACAGAUACUCUCUUCAAAGUGAUGGAAUUUGUAGGCUUUGCUCUGAUGUUACCUUUGGAAACUGUGAAACCUGCACUUCUGAAUCAAGUGCAAAGAAUGCAAAAUGUUUGACGUGUGGUGUAGGCUUUGCUCUGAAAGAUGAUGAAUCAGAGUGUAUUUCCUGUCCUAUUAAUGGUUGUGGACUAUGUGUUCAUGGAAGAGAAUGUUUAAAAUGUAAAAGUGGAUUCUAUCCAAUUAACCAUAACAGAGAAUGUGGGCGCAAAUGUUAUGAAUGUGAAGGAAAUGAAAGUGAAUGUGGUAAAGCAAUAAAUGGAAAUAAUACUUUAUCAGAUAAAGUAAAGGAGGUUGAAUGUGGUAAUGGGGAUUGUUGGGCAUUUAGAAUUGAAUCAAAAGAUGGUAUAUUGUACUCAAGGAAAUGCUCAAACAGAACAUGUGUUGAAAUAUCUGAAAAUGAGAAAUGUGAUAAGAUUGAUGGUUUUAAUCAUUGUGAAAAGUGCUGUUAUGGUGAAAAUUGUAACACUUGGCAUUUAGAUGGAAAAGCUGGUACUGGACGUAUUCUGUUUUCAUUUGCUUGUUUUGGUUUAUCUAUAAUCUACUAUAUUCUUUUUUAAAUUGAUAAACGACAGUAACUUGAUAACUUGAUAAUGUAAUCAAAAAUAUAUUGUCAGUUUUAGAAGAUUUUGAAUUAUUUUGGUUUGUUUCCAACACCUUCUAUUAAUAUUAUAGUUUUAAUUUUCUUCAGUUGCUUCAAAGAUGUUGGCAUAUUUUCACCAUUUUAUAUGAAAUUCCUUUUGUUUUAAUUCUGUUAUUUGUGAAACUUGCUUUACAAAAACAGUUUUUUUAAGCAAAAAACAAUGAUUUUUUGUCAAUUUACAAAAUGAAGACAUUAAGUAUGGAUGAUGUGUGAUCUGUGAAGUUCUUGUCAUCUCAUAUCGCUCACUGCUUAUUAAGAAACUAUUGUGCACAUAUUAAAAUGAUAAAUCCUUUUGAAGCAUUCUUUCUUGUCUUCACCUUUCUUUUGUUGGCAUUAUAAAAAGAAGUUGAACAUUUUAUACUAUGAAACGAUCUGACUUGUAAUCAGUGACAUGGAGAUUGCAAAUUAAUUAAUCUAGAAUAUGAAUGAAAUUUUUCAAUAGAAAGAUAAUAUCACAUACAUUUUCAUUAUUCAAGUCAAUGUGAUUUAUGCCUAUAUUGCAGCGUCAACUGCUUGAAGCAGAAUAUAGAGACCUACAUGAAUAUAAUCAAAUUUUUUCAUUUGACAAACAAAAUUUUUUGCCAAACAGAUGAUAUUGUUUUAUUUUAAAAAGGUUUUGUAAGAUAACACCGCAUUAAAUUAUUAUUUAUCAUCCUUUGUUUAAAAAAUCCUUUUCUUCCUUGAUUACUUACAAAAAUAGAAGCAAUCACUUACAUUCCAUA